AUGUUGGAGCAACCGAUUUUCCAUUACUCAAGAAUACCCUUACCACCACUUCUGUUGACUCAUUUGUAUAAGCAAUCAGAAAAACUAUCACCAACUUUCAUUUUACAAAAUGCUAGAGAGACCAUUGAGAAUUUGCUUAUUUAUAAUGCGAGACGUUUGCGUGAGUUUAGAAACCUCCCCUAUCUUGUUGUGCUCAAUCCAUCGAUUCUGGAGAGUUAUGACUCGUACCUUCAACUGAUGAGCUCGUUGUUAAAGGCUAGUUUGUACACUCCACACACGUUAGAGGAAAACGCCACCCUAGAAACAGUUUUGAAUGAGUUUAUGGAUAUACAUGCAGAUACAUUGCCCAGUUUGUCGAAAGGUUUUGCCGAAGUGAGUAAUCUCUUGAGUAUGAGCAAGAUUGCACACUUUUUGGAUCGGCAUUUGAAAGAGAGGAUCAGCAUGCGCUUAAUUGCCCACCAGCAUAUCGAGCUAUCGCGAUCUAUUGCUGGCAAUUAUGUCAAGGGCGGAAAAUACAAUGGUAUAGUUAAGAUGCUUCACCUACCUGAUGUGAUUAAAAAGAAUGCUGAGUUAGUUAAUGAUAUAACAAUGAUGAAGUAUGAUCAGUCGGUGCCGGUUGAAAUUGAUACAAGCAAUGCAGCAUCAUUGGACUUUCCUUACAUUGAAUACCACUUGGAUUACAUAUUUAUGGAAGUUUUCAAAAACUCAUUUAGAGCGCACAUUGAAAACAAGGUUUUCGACCCAGUAACUGUUACCAUCUCCACACAACAAGCACCUCGAUUUAUGGAGAUCCGUAUAAGAGACAGGGGUAAAGGUAUUUCCAAGCGCGCUUUGAAACACAUAUUUGACUAUUCAUUUACAACUUACGAAAGUAAUGAAGGCGAAAGUUUUAAAACGUUAAAUGUUCCACCAGAGCAUUUAGGUGGUGGACACUCCGUUGCAGGAAUGGGAUUUGGCUUACCUAUGGCAAAGCAGUACAUUGAAGUGUUUAACGACACAGCUGAGGAAACAAAGGGGCUGUUGACGGUGCAAACAUAUCCACAGUGGGGCACCGAUGUGUAUAUAAAAACAGUAGGCCAAUAG